AGAGCAGAGUAGAGAGAAUCACUUCCCUCGACCUGAUAGCUAAACUUCUUUUGAUGCAGCUCAGGAUAUGACUGGCUUUCUGGACUGCAAGCACUCACUAACUAUAUUCAAGUUUUUUAUCCUCCAGCACUCCCAAAUCCUUCUCCACAGGGCUGCUCUCAAUCCAGUUUUUGUCCAGCUUGUAUUUAUGUUUGAGAUUGACCUGACUCAGGUGCAGGACCUUACAUUUGGCCGUAUGGAACUUCAUGAGGUUCUCAUGGGCCCACCUCCCGAGGCUGUUCAGGUCCUUCUGGAUGGCAGCCCUUCCCCCCUAGUGUGCUGACUGCACCACACAGCUUGGUGUUGUCCACAAGCACUCAAUCCCACUGUCCAUGCCACCAACUAAGAUGUUGAUACCGGUAUCAGUACAGUACCUAAGGGCCAUUCUGUGAAGACUAAAGAAGCGCAUCCAGGAGCUCCUGGCUGCAAUUCUCAGCGCGGACUCAGGGUGUCACUGUAGGCCAAUGCGGGGAAUGGACUCCGCCGGCUGUGGCGCCCGCGCAGUGCCGCUCCGAUCCGGGCAGAGAGAAGCAGAAGCGAUCCUGCUCGGCUCCAGCCCGCGUUGUUUUCCUCCAGUGUCGAUUCAGCCGCUCGGGAAGCUUGGUCGACUGCAGAACGCGCUUCAGAACUGCGGAGAAUGGAGGUCCGAGAGGCAGUGCGGGGCCGGGAAGCCGCCGGGCGGGUCGCGCUGCUGACCGUGCUGCUGCUGCUGUGCUGCCGGGCGGUAUCGGAGCGGCUCCGCUACGCGAUCCCCGAAGAGUUGGGCAGGGGUUCGCUGGUGGGGCCGCUGGCGCGGGAUCUGGGGCUGAACCCGACCGAGCUGCUGGUGCGCCAACUGCGGAUUGUCUCCGGUGAUGAAAAGCGAUACUUCGUUCUCGAGGAAGAGAGUGGAAACCUGCGUGUAAACGAGAGGAUAGAUCGAGAGGACAUCUGCGGGGACGUGACGCCUUGUGUCUUCGGUUUGGAAACUGUCGUGGAAAACCCUUUCAAUAUAUAUCACGUGAGCAUUACUAUCCAGGAUAUCAACGACAACGUGCCGCGCUUUGACAAAGAGUUUGUGGCUAUAGAAAUGAUCGAGUCCGCUCCUCCCGGGACGAGGUUCCCUCUGGGCACUGGCAGAGACCCCGACAUUGGGGUGAACUCGUUACAAAACUACCAACUUACCCCCAAUCCGCUCUUCUCUCUGGUAGUGAAGGAGAUUUCUGACGGGAGGAAACACGUGGAAUUGCUAUUGGAGAAAAACUUAGAUCGUGAAAAACAGAAAAGCCAUAAUUUGAUACUGACGGCAGUGGAUGGUGGGGAUCCAGUCCGAUCUGGAACUGCGCAGAUUAAAGUUGAUGUGACAGAUGCAAAUGAUAACGCACCAGUGUUUGACAAAGAGAUCUACAAGGUUCGAGUGCCAGAAAACCUUCCAGAAGGCUCCUUAGCUUUUCAGGUGAAAGCCACUGAUGGCGAUGAGGGUACAAAUGCAGAAAUCACCUAUUCUUUCAAUGACAUCGCAAGCAGUGCUCACCAACUCUUCAGCCUGGACCCCAAGACAGGUGAUGUGAAGAUUACCGGUCCUCUAGAUUAUGAAGAUAUGAAAUAUUAUGAAGUAACUGUUGAAGGCAAGGACGGAGGCGGGCUGAGCACACACACCAAAGUGCACAUAGAAGUUAUAGACGUGAACGACAAUGCUCCAAGCCUUACCCUCCUGCCUAUCUUGAACCCUGUACCCGAAGAUUCAGUCCCGAGCACGGUCGUGGCUGUGAUUAACGUUCGUGACAGGGACUCCGGAGAAAAUGGAGAAGUGACCUGUAAUCUUGGCGGUGACUUGCCUUUCAAACUAGAAGCGUCAUCAGAGAGUACCUACAAGCUUGUAAUUCAAAAUAGUCUGGACAGAGAGGAAGUUUCUGCUUACAACAUCACAAUCAUCGCUACGGACGGGGGCAGCCCGGCGCUGUCGAGCCGCGCGGAUCUGGUGCUGGAGGUGUCGGACGUGAACGACAACGCGCCGGUGUUCGAAGAGGCCGCCUACAGCGCCUACGUGCCCGAGAACAACGCGGCGGGAGAGCCGGUGCUGCGCGUGAGCGGCACCUUGCCCUACUCCUACAACCUGUGCGUGGCGCCGGGCCGCGCCGUGGCCGAGGGUGCCUGGCUGCUGCCGCCCGCCUUGCUGCCCAGCGUGCCCGCCGACGAGCCGCUCGGUGGGGAACCCUGCGGGAAGCGGAGCCCGAGCACUGGAGAGCCGCCCGACGACCUCCCCGGACCGCAGAUGAUUGUGCAGAAUCACUUCUGA